CUGUUCGGGCUGGGUGUGAGGAAAAGGGUGGGGAGGGGGCUUUGUGUGGAGGGUGUGCGCAGAGCGGGGGGAAGGGACCGAAGCGGGUGUAGGUCUCCUCAGAGGCCCCGUUCCCUUCCAGCUGAGCGGGGUAGGGUGGCAUCAGGUGCUGGAAGAAACCAGCAGUGUGGUGCUUCCAGUGCUCCGUGUUAGAGUGAGGGGCUGUCCAUCCCUAAAUAAAUCUGUCGUACCUGUUUGUUUCCCUGUUACAAUUCCCCGGUAACACUUGCUUCUGUUGCAGGUUGGUGCCUGGCGAUAUAAAGUCGUAGGAAUAGCCGGCAAAGCUGCUUAGGACCGUGUUGAAAAUGCUGGGAGAGAAAAAGCAGUUAAUGGUGGCAAGAGACCUUUACACAGACCCCACAUUUCCGGCCAGUGACAGCUCUAUAUUUUUUGAUUAUUGUACCCCGCUUGCCCAAUUCAGAGGCGAGAUAUCCUGGUUGAGACCUAAGGACAUUUGUUCUUCUCCUCGGUUAUUUUCAAACAAUCUGCAGGAUGUGCCAGUAAAACAAGGAAUUUUGGGAGACUGUUGGUUCCUGUGUGCCUGUGUAGCUUUGCAGAAGAGCAAAUACUUACUGAACAAGGUAAUCCCCCCAGGCCAGCCCAGCUGGACAGAUGAGUCCUACCAAGGCUGCUUCACGUGCCGGCUCUGGCAGUUUGGCCACUGGGUAGAAGUGACCAUUGAUGAUCGCCUGCCUUGCCUCGGGGGCAAACUCUGCUUUUCCCAGUGUCAGACAGAGGAUUUGUUUUGGCUUCCACUACUGGAAAAAGCUUAUGCAAAAGUGCAUGGAUCUUAUGAGCAGUUGUGGGCAGGACAAGUGGCAGAUGCUUUGGUUGAUCUGACUGGAGGAAUUGCUGAAAGAUGGACCCUGAAAGACCCUGGGAAAAAUAUGGAGAAAGAGAAAACUGGCAUGGUUUUGGAGAAAGCAGUGUUUAGAAGAUUAAUGAACCUGAAGGAACAGUGUGUAAUAAGCUGUUCAGUCCUCAACUCCAGACAAGGUGCAACUGAACGAGGAGAAUUUCAUGCCUUUAUUGUGAUAGACACAUUGAAUCUCUCUGAAGUGUCAGGCAAGGAAAUCUUCCUACUACGAAUACGAAAUCCUUGGGGGAGGCGGUGCUGGAAAGGGCCUUGGUGUGAGGGUGGUCAAGGAUGGAACCAGCUGGAUCCAGUAGUUGCUUCAGAACUCCUCUCACAGACCCAAGAGGGAGAAUUCUGGGUUGACGAAGAGGAAUUUUUCAGGGAGUUUGAUGAGAUUACCAUGGGCUUUCCAGUCAAUGAGGAAGGACAACUUCAGAGCCUCUAUACAGAGAAAGUGCUGAACCACUCACAGAAUCUCUUUGGAUCCUGGGUGAGAGGCCAGACUGCAGGUGGCUGCCGCAACAACAGCAGCUUCCCCACCAACCCCAAGUUCUGGCUGAGGGUCUGGGAAUCGAGCGAGGUGUGCAUUGCUCUGCUGCAGAAAUGCAGGGAAUACAGCACUGACUGGGCUGGAAGGAUUCAAAACCCAACUCGCUUAGCAGCGGAAAACCCUUCUUCGACUGAAGGCAUACAGGGAAAGAAUUACCAGGCUGUGGGAUUGCAUGUCUGGAAGGUGGAGAAGAAACGAUUUAACCUUCCAAAGACCCUCUCUGCUCCUCCAGUUGUAGGUACCGUCUGCCAUUCCUACGACAGAGAAGUCCAUGUGUGCUGUGACCUUUCACCUGGCUUUUAUCUUAUUGUUCCCAGCACUUUUCUGAAAGAUGCAGUAGGGAAUUUCUUGCUUCGCGUAUUUUCAACGGGAAGGAUCUCACUCAGUGAACUAAAGCCACCACCCACGGAUACUGCCCUCUGUGAAGAACUCCCAGCUGGUGAAUGGGAGACAGUGCAGCUGCAUGGAUGCUGGAAGAAUGGACUAAAUGCUGGAGGUAGCAGGAACUUCCCCUCCUUCCAUACCAAUCCCUGCUUUCCCCUCUCCAUUCCUGCAGGACCGGGGAAAAGCAGUGUGAAAGUCACCCUCCGUCAGCACUGCCUGGAUAGCAAGUGUUGUCCAAUAGGUUUCCAUAUUUUCCAGGUGCCUAACAGAAGCUGGAAACCACAAACUACUUCUUUUGUACACUUGGAACCACUGGUGAGCUGUGUUCCUCACUGCUAUUCCCAGGAAGUCAGCCGACUUUGCAGGCUUCCUGCAGGAAAUUAUGUCAUUAUACCCUCUACAUACUUGCCCAAUACAGAAGGCAGUUUUACAGUGGUCAUAGCAACCAAAAUAGACAGGAAGCGCAUUCACAGCCAGGAGAUACUUGGACAAGUAUUACAAGAGGUUUCCUUUACAACUGUGAUGAAAAGGUAGUGUGGAAUUCUUGCACUGUCAUUUCAAGAAACAUCUGGAAGCCAAGGAAUGCCUCAUCUCUUGUUCUUCUCAGUUUUAAAUGGAAUAACAAGAAGAAGCUCUUAGCCUGUUCUUCACUGGUACCAACUGUCAGGCCUGUGACGACUUCUUUGUAAAAAAAUACCUCUUUUAAUCAUGAACACUCUGAAUAUUUGGUCUUCCCACAUUUUUCGAAGGAACAUUGUACAGCAAAUUAUCAUGUACCUCAAUUCUUCAAAAAUACAAGUGAAGAAUUUGUGCAUGUUUUAACCCAAGCUACAGUUCUGGAAGAAAACCAGGAAACUUACAUGUAAGGCCAGGUUGGAUGGAGCCCUGGUCCCCCUGGUCUUGUGGAAUGUGUCCCUGCCCAUGGCAGGUGGAUUGGAACAAGAUGAUCUUUAAGGCCCCUUCUAACUAUAACCAUUCUGUGAUUGUGAAAUAAUAUUUUAUUGGGAAAAAAAUCAACCUGACAGAGUAACUUCAGGGACCAUAGAGGAAAAACUGGAGUCUUUUUUUCAGGUAGGAUAUACCUCAAGAACCAUCAAAAUACACUGGAAUAGGAAAAGUCCAGGCUCAUAUUUGACACUGCCAGUCCUGCUGCUGAGCACUUUAACUUGGGCCCUCUGUGGAACCAAGCAGAUGGUGGGUUCAAAGGAAAGAUUUUUUUUUUGGUGAGUGAGUUUUUUCUUGAAUGAAUGCCAGAAGUAAAAAAGACACUUGAAAACUUUUGAACUAUCCUGCCAGACUGUUUUUGUAAAUCUGUAAGAAAGUGUUUUAUGGAAGAGCUGUCCUUGCUGUAAGAAAUGUGAAGUUUAAGAGUUUUUUCUUUAUUUAUGUUUGAAAGUGUUUCUUAUUCAAGCAGGAUUUUUUAAAAUGUUAUAUUUUCCUCAAUAAAAAUAAAGUAACAUUGAAA